AUGACUACACCAGAUAUGCCACAACAACUCAACAUAUCAAGACACUCUACAUCGGAUGGCACAACUGUUGCUGCUGCGGAUCCAUCUCCCAAUGGCACCAUCUUCUAUUCAUUGGAUGAGCAAGACGCAAGCUUGAAGCGACAAGAUAGGCACGAUGGUAAUGAAGAAGAGCCAACUGUAGCUAUCAAACAGCAAAAGACGUUUCAUGACAACGACAAUGACAGAACUAUGCCUACCACACCUACUACACCCAAUCCUGUUUCCAAGCCUCUAUUGCCCAAUGCCUCAUCCAUCAACGAUUUCACAGUGGUUGAGAACACACCAUUUGAAUUGGAAACACCAGACUGGUCAGCAAAUAGCAAGGCAUGGGCUUUCCUACAAUCGCAAAACCCCAAAUACCCCAAUAAGUAUCUUGUAAAGAAAGAGUCUGAUGGUAAUGAGAGAGCUGGUUAUCUGCUCGGUAGAAAUAGCGACAGUGACAUUCGGUUCGAACGAAAUGAGAUUAGCAAGAAGCAUUGCCUGAUAUACAUGGAGACGGGUUCGAACGGUAAAGCAAAAGGCAUCAGAAUCUUCCUUGAAGACUAUAGCUUCAAUGGCACCUAUGUGAAUGGCAUCUUGGUUGGCUGCAAAAAUCGCGUAAUGUUGAGAAAUAAGGACGAGAUUCAAUUGUUUAGACGCAAAUCCUACCCUGAGACCGAUCUUCGCAACAGAUUUUACCGCGUUCUAUUCCCACCAGUAUUUGAAGCCAAUCUAUGCGAACAUGAAUACGAGUUUCAGCAGACACUAGGUCGAGGCAAUUUUGCAAGUGUAAAGCGUGCAACUCAUCGCGUCACCGGAAAGACGGUUGCCAUCAAGGUUCUCAACAAGAAUCGCUUUGCUCAGAAGCCAAAAAUGAUCCAGGCCAUCAUUCAGGAAGUCAGUAUCAUGAUGUCGCUCAGAAAGCAUCCUUUGGUGGUAAACAUUGAUAGAGUCUUCAAUGAACAACAUACAAUCUACUUGGUUUUGGAAUAUGUGCCUGGUGGCGAAUUGUUUGACUUUGUGUCUUCAAACAAGACCAUCGAUGAAGACAAGACACGAUUUAUUUUCUGGCAGCUGUUCACCGGCUUGAAGUAUUUGCAUGACAACAAUAUUGCACACAGAGAUUUGAAACCAGAGAAUGUGCUUCUUGCUGAUAGAGACACAUUGCAGGUCAAAAUUACUGAUUUUGGGCUUGCCAAAACUGAACAAAGAGACCAAAGCUUUGGCAGCCAAUGUGGCACACCCAACUACGUUGCCCCUGAGAUCUUGAACUCAUCUGACAGCCGUGCCUAUGACAAAAAGUGUGAUUUAUGGAGCUUGGGCGUUAUGCUUUACAUUUGCCUGUGCGGCUAUCCCCCCUUUUCCGAAGAAAAUGCGCCACCUUCCAUGAAGGCUCAGAUCAAGAUGGGAAAGUACGACUUUCCUGAUCGCUAUUGGGGUCACAUAUCAGAACUGGCCAAGGGUCUGAUCAAGGAACUGCUCACUGUGGAUCCUAGCAAGCGUAUUAGUAUUGAGGAAGCUCAAGGUCAUGAAUGGAUGUACCUCAACCCCACGGAUAUGGAGGCUCGUAAAGCAAGAUUAGGAGAACAAGUGUUGGCUAACAUCCAAGAUUUGGAGACGAAAGAAGACAUGACACCCACCCAGAUAAUGAUGACUCAAUCGCAAUCCGUCGAAUACUAUUGA